UGAAACUGUCAGCGGUGUUACUUCUAUUAAAUUUUCGCUGCAAAUAAGUUUUUCCAAACAUUGCCAUCGAUUGUAAUAGUUAAAUUUAAUUGUCAUUAACUUUUAUUAAAAACAAAUAAAUUUAAUUAUUUUUGAUUCAAUGAGAAAAAUUGAGAAUCCUUUCUAAGUUUAUCGAGUGUGCACGCAAAAGGGAACAGCUUCACUUGCCGGUCAGUCUACUGGAAGAUUCCAUUGUGAGUGGGUUUAAAAAGUUUUUACUCCUGUGAUUUGUGUUUUUCGCGAUUAUCAGUGUUCAUUCUCAAUUUAUUAUCACUUGAAAAGAUUUUAAAUUCAAAAAAAAAAAAAAAAACCCUCAAACGACGGAUAACCAGUGGACUCUAGAACAAAAAAAAAAAAAAUAUCUUUCGCUACGACCAAUGAGAAGAGAUACAAAUUAAAAUAAAAUACAUAUUAACUGGCAAAUGAUCUUUAGCUAAAAAAAUGUAGUGUACAAGACCAAAAAAGAAUAUUAUCCUUGUGUGUGAAACUCCUUUUUCAUGACUUCGAUAGUGUGUUUUUUUUAAACAACAUUUUUUUUUUCCUGUAAAAACGACCAAUUUACUUCCGAAAAAAAAAAUAUCAAGAAUUAGAUAAAUAAAAUUAAAAAAUUUUCGCGCACUUAAUGCAAUUUGAUCAAGUAUUUAUAUAAUUAUUGUUGAGAGAAUUAUAAAUAUAUAUAUAUAUAUAUAUUAAAAAGAAUAUAGUUAAUAAAUUAUUAAAGUUUUAAUUGAAGAGAAAAGAUCUGAAAAGAAAAAUGUAUAAGGAACCAAAUAUGUUGGCUGGCAAUGGAACAAAAGGAGAUGAAAUUGAUUUGGUCAGUAGAUUUCUAGCGCCCCUUUGCUCUCGAGAUGAGAAUGCAAGAGACAUUGCUUUGGCGAAUGCAAGAACAACAGUUGAGGGAUGGCUCGGUGGAGUUGGUAGUCCCAAUCACUGUGGAGAUACAACAGAGAUGAACGAGCGACCUUGUUCUACUGGUGUCUUCAGGGGACAAGAUGGAAGGUACGAUAUGAAUAUUGAACGAUCGCCAACAAAGGUAGCGCCGAAAAAUUUUUAUCAACAUCCUGAAUCACGUGGUACAUUCAAAAUGGAAGGUUUCUUUCCGCAGAGUAUCACUGAAAAUUCAAUAUUUUCAAAAGAAACAAUUUCCAUAACACCAGAGAGAUGUCCAUUUGAUUCAUUUGAUUCUGUCGAUGGUCGUGUUAAUGAUUCAUUUUAUAGAGCGGCAAAUGAGGGAGGCCGACGUUACGGUAUUGGUGUUGAUAGUCAUGGUGAAAAGCUCGCUAAUUCAAAUUCCUCUGACGAAGGCAAGGGAUUUAAGCUUGAGGGUGCUCGAGCGCUAAGGUACAGAGAACCAGAGACACGCUUCAGUUCAAGUAGCGAGAGUGAAAGAAGAUUUUCAUCAUCGCCUGAAAAACUUAACGAAACUUGUCACGAUGACAAGCAACGUGCAGCAAAAUAUCCUGUUAAAAUUAAAAUUUCCAAACAAAAACAACAAUUAAAUGAAAAUUAUGAUCAAGAUUCUGAUACAAGAAUUUAUGGCAAAAGUCCAAAAUUUGACGAUAAUUUCACUAGUUUUCAAUCAGUUAGCGAACAAAUGAAUAAUGAUAGAAGAAGUUUGAAUAUUUGUGAUGUUGAUACAACGACAACGACGACGACGGCGACGAGUGGACGUAAAUAUCAUAAUCAUCAUCAUUUACUUCAAAGUGAUGAUGUUGUUUCAUCCCAUGAGGAUGAUGUUCUACGAUCACGUGACGGUGUUGUUUUUAAUACUUUAGAAGGUUUUGGUAAUGAGGAUAUUGAAAAUAUGAAUUUAGAGCCAAUUAUGCCAUUUUAUUUUUUGGAAAAUGUCGAGGAAAAAACAAAUGAAAGAACACAACAUGAUUAUUUGCGUAAUAAUGAAGAAAGAAAAUUUAGCGCUGGACAAAUUAAAAGACCCCUUUCACAAGAUGAGGAUGUGUCAACUAAAAGUGGACGUGUUCUAGAGACUCCUGAGGUAACACCAAGUGAAGUUGGAAGAAUGUUAAAUCUUGGAAAUGUACUCGAUGGUCCUCGUCAAAUUCAAGCUAAUAAAUACUUGAGUAUGGUCACUCUUCAUUUGCCAGUGAUAUUGAGACUCAGUGUCAACUGUCCUUUUCGUAAUGUCAGAAUAAAAUGCGCCGAGAUACUCGAGAUGGUCAAGGAAAGAGGAGUUCCAGUGCCAAAUCCAGUAUUUGAGGGUCCCAGUGCCUUCGUCCCAACAUCAGAGUUACCAGAUUUGGACAAUUUAGAUGAAAAGUCGUAUAUGCUGUUUAUGGAUGCUUUCCUACAAAACAACAGGCUAGAUCAUGUUUCGAGAGUUAUGUCUUCACAUCCUUCCUAUUUGGAACACUUUUUGAAAACACAAAAUUUCAUUCUACGUGGAGACGGUCCUCUUCCCUACGAUUAUCGACAUCUCAUCGCAAUCAUGGCUGCUGGAAGGCAUCAAUGCAGCUACCUCAUUAAUCUUCAAAAGUCAGAAUUUCUACAUCAAGGUGGCGAUCCAUCGUGGCUUCAGGGCUUAAGAUCGAUACCAGGGAAGCUACAGGAUUUGUAUGAGAUCAACAAAAUUCUUGCACACAGGCCUUGGCUCCUCAAUAAAACACACAUAGAAAAAUUAACGAAAGGUGCCGAUAAUUGGUCGUUAGCCGAAGUUGUCCAUGCGAUAGUUCUUUUGGCUCACUUCCAUUCGCUGUCGUCCUUCGUCUUCUCCUGCGGCAUUAACGAGGAAUUGGACAACGUUGCAGGUUAUCAUUACAAGGAGAAUGUCCAAGACAAUAGCAUUAAAAUACAACCUGCCAAAGACAAACUUUCUAGUAGUCCCAAGAAAAUUCUCAAUGGCAGUGGCAAGACUGAAUCCAUCCCGUCGCCGCCUUCUUCACCCAGUAUAGUAGGAGAGCAAGAAGUCGGUGUUGAGACCCUUAUGGAACGAAUGAAGCGACUUUCGGAAAAGUCUGAAUCUUACCAAAUCACGCAAGAAGAAUUGUCAAAACGAUUUGAAACAGUUGAAACGCAAUCAGCAGAAUUGGCCGCUGCUCCCCAGAGAAGUUCAAUUCUCGAUUCGGACAUUGGAUUGUUCAUUGAGGAUCCAACCUUCAUUUAUCAGGAUUUUGCCAAGCGAGGACAACUCAACGACAUACCAACGUUUCGCGUACAAGAUUAUUCUUGGGACGAUCAUGGUUAUUCGUUGGUCAAUAGGCUUUACAAUGACGUAGGCAAUCUUCUCGAUGAUAAGUUUAAGACGGCCUACAAUCUCACGUAUUACACGAUGGGCACGCACAAUAAAGUUGAUACAUCGCGUUUUCGACGUGCUAUUUGGAAUUAUAUUCAAUGCAUGUUUGGAAUUAGACAUGAUGACUAUGAUUAUAAUGAAGUAAAUCAACUACUUGAAAGAAGUUUGAAAACCUUUAUCAAGAGUGCCGUUUGCUAUCCAGAACGUGUCACGAAAAGGGAUUAUGAUCGCGUGAUGAGGGAGUUUAAACACAGUGAAAAGGUUCAUGUGAAUUUAAUGAUUCUGGAAGCUCGAAUGCAAGCAGAAUUAUUGUAUGCCUUGCGAGCUGUGAUGCGAUAUAUGACCUAAUUUUUUUUUUUUUUUUUUUCGUUUAUUUGUAUGGCGAUUAAUCAGUCAAUCGAUUUUGCCAAUUCUUUUCUCGCAUGCGAUUUGGCGAGAUUCAGAAAAAAAGAGAGAGAUGACAUUAAAUAAUUGUUGUGUAUAAGGCUCGAAAGAAAUAAUGAGCCAAUUAAAAAAAAAAAAAAAUGGCAACAGCAUGUUACGAGUCUUAUGUAUAUUUUUCUUUUUCUGAAAAACUUAGAUGUGAUUCUGUUAUAAGUUUUUAUAUAUAAAUAAGAAUAUAUAUAUAUAUAUAUAAUAACUUGUGCGAGAAUCGAAAAAAUAUAGCUUUAUCCAUAAUAUAAAGAUAAAAAAAAGAAGAUAUUUACAAAAAAAAAAAAUAUAUAUAUAUAAAUGUGAAUAAAAAAAAAAAAAAAAAAAAAAAAAAAUGGAAAUAUUGAGACACUUUUUUGAAAUGCAGCGCGAAAUAUUAUUUACGAGAAAAAAAAGCUUUAUCAAUAAUUUCUUUGUGAAAGAUUUUUUUUUUUUUAUUGCGCCUUUCGUUUGUAUUCAUAUAAUUUUUAUGCAAUUUUUCUUGAAUUCCAUUUUUCAUAAAUACUUUUUUAAAAUUUUUUUUUUUUUUUUUUUUUUUUAAGUUAAUAUUGUGAAAAUACUUAGCAAAUUAGACAAAUUUUCGAAUAUUAUUUUUAUUCAUUUUUGUGACAUUUUAGGAGAAUUUUUCAUUUUUUUUCAAAGAGAAAAAAUGUUUUUUUUUGUGAAAUGAAUUAUAUGAAAAAAAAAUUGCCCUAAAAAAGAGGAAAUAUUUAUUUUUUAAAAAUAAUUUUCGAAAUUUUUAAAUGCUUGUGUUUUUUUUUAAUAUUAUUAUUGAUUACAAAUUCACUCGAAUGAGAGAAAUUUGCUUGUUUCGACACAUAUCUACAUUUUUCAAAAGCUCACAAUGAGCUCAAUGUAAAUAGUCUUUUUUUUUUCUCUAUUUUUUUCCACAACAAAAUUUUCUGUCUCAAUUUCGUUUUUUUUUUUUUUUUUGACUUGUGAUUUUUUCCUAGGGUCACUUUGUUUUUUGUAAUUACAUAAUUGUUUUUGUAUUAAAUACUAAUAUAUAGAAAAAUUUUUUUUUUUUUAAUAUUUCGAAUCAGAGUUUAUUUUCUUUUUGGAAAUUGUAAUUUUGAUUCAAAAUUUUUUAGCUUUUUUUAAAAAAAAUAUUUAUUUAUUAAAAAAUUUUACAUUUUUUUAAAAUGUUUUUUUUUAAAUAAUUAAUUGUUCGUAAAAGAAAAAUUAAUAUAUAAAUUAAAACUCUUUUUUUUUUUUUUUUUACAAAACUCUUGAUUUUUCAUGAAUCACAAUAUUUGUAAGUGUCUUUGUAAUAAUUAUUAUCAUAAAUAGUUAGAUAAUUGAAAAAAAAGUAGAGAAUUGCAAGCAUUAAACAUUAAUGUUUCGGUGAAAAAAAAAAUCGAAAUCAUUUGAUGAUUUUUAAAUAUGAUAAAAAAUAUAAUUGUUAAAUUUUACAAAUAUCUGUUGUAUAUUUUUUUUAAAUAGACAUUUUUUAAAUCUAAUUUUCUCUAUUUGUGUGACCAUCUGUCGAUAAGAUUUUUAACAAAUAGAAUUUUUUUUUUUAAAUAAAUGUAUUAUCGAAUUUGAACUGAUAUCAAAAAUUGAGGUGUUUAACAUUUUUUUUUAUGUGGUACUUGUAAAUGAAUGUACAAAGAGAGAUGAUUAAAAAAAGCAUGCUGUUUGUUUAAUAGGAUUUUCAAUAUUUUUGCGCUCUUUCAUUAAAACAAAACAGAAAAAAAAACAAAAAAAAAAAUUAGUUUUGUAUUGCUGAUAAUUUUAUAAUCGUGCCAUCGUCCCUCAUUGUUACUCUGCUAAAACCUGCGGAGAUUUCGCAGGCGAUAUUUUUUAAGUUACAAAGACGGAAUUGUGUGUAUACUCAUUUUGAAAAAAAAAAUUUCUCUUUCUAUCUUUCUAGAGCAAAUGAGUAUUCGUCUUUUCCGCGCAGCGAUCUCAGUUAGAGUGCGAAUGUCGAGGGAUGAUGUAAAAAAAAGCACGUGAAUGAUUUUUUUAUUUUUUUUUUUUUUUUUUUUUAUUUUCAUUAACUGACAUGCGAAAGCAAUCAGAGAAAAGGACGAAAUAUUUAUUUAGUAACAAUAUGUAAUACAAUGUAGUUUUAUGAUUUUUACAUUUUCUUCAAAUUGCACACAAAUGCUUGUUUCGCUUUCCAAAAAAAAAAGAAAAAAAAAAAAAAGAAAAUGGGAGCGUAAAACUUGACAAAAAAAAAUGGACAAUUUGCGUUGGUGCAUCGAACCAAUGACGUUGUAGAGCGCAAAGAAAAGUUUCUGGAACUGCGAGUAUUUUUUUAAGAAUUACUGUUUAAGACUAAAAAAAAAUAUGGCUAUAUUAUAUUGUUAUUUUUUUAAUUGCUUUUGUCUGAAGAAACAAAAAAAAAACAAUGAGAUUUUUUUUUUUUUAUAUAAAUAAUCGUGACUCGGAGUGUGAGAGGGGAAAUUUUUUCAUUUUUCGCUCCUGUGAUUUUAAUUGUAUUUGCGAAAUGGAAAUGUUGAAAUAUAAUUUCAAUUUAUUGUAAUUUAUUGUAAAAAAAAAUUUUAUUUUCGAGAAGAAAAAAAAAAUAUGAGGUUUGGGAAAAAAUUUGAAGAAUCGAUAAAUUAUUAAAAAAAAAAAUCGAUUAUUAUAUUUAAUUUCUUAUAUAUAGAAGAAAAGAAAGAAGAAAAAGAUAUAUAUAUUAUAUAUAUCAAGUAUUCGUGUGGUCGUAAGUGGACGUUUUAUAAAAAUGAAGAGUUAUCGAUGUAUUUUCUAUAUAUAUAUAUAUAUUAUAUAUAUUAUUAAAAAAUAAUAAUAAUUAGCACUUGGUCACCCGAGUUUACGUGUUUUAUGACUUUGUUUCUUCUUUUUAAUUGAAAAAAAUAAUUAACUGACAAUGCUGUGAGGCGAGAGGAGAAAAAAAAUUUGUUUCUUUUGUUUAAAUCGAGCUGGCGCCUCGACAAAAAAAUAGUCAAAAAAAAAAAUAAAAUAAAAUAAAAUAAA